ACCAAUCAGCUUAUCACUUAACAGUUUGAUAAACUGAUUAAUUUCGACCGUUGUAAAUAUUUGCUGGGUGAAAAUUUUAUAUUUUAAAUUAUAAAACUGACGACAUUUUAUUUGUUUUGUUGGAUAAUGUACAGGUAAUUCGUAACGAUAACAUCGAUUCAGCAGUUUCUGUGCGGACUGAAUAUACAGGUAGGAAAUUCAGGUCGUGAAAGGCGCACAGAGAUUCUUUUCACGCAACAGAAGAGAGUCGAGGUCAAAGUCCUUAAACGCCAUGUGCCCUUAGAAACAUGAGCGAGAAAAUCAGAGGUUUCUCCUUUACAAAACCUCUGACUGUGCAACUAGUUAAAGAAAAUAGCCAUAGAUGCCAGUUGUGCGGUAUCAUCGACGAGCAACUUUUAUCCACCCCCUGCGAUCACACGUUCUGUCCCGAUUGUAUUAAAAAGUGCGAAAACGUCAUCCAGUGUCCCGUGCAUCGCUCUUGUUACUCACCCUCUCAGAUCUCUCCUAAUUUGGAAAUUCAGAACGGUGUUAGACAGUCCGAAGUGUAUUGUACUCAAAAGGAAUUCGGAUGUAAUCGAACGUCGCGACUUCAAGAUUUGGAGAAACAUUUGACAACUUGUGGCUUCGUUCAAGUUUUAUGCCCUUGCGAUUGUGGUGAAAAAGUAUGUAGGAGAGAAUUAGCCUUUCACUUAACUCAGACGUGCAACCACAGACUAAUUUCGUGCCAACAUUGCGAAGAAGAAAUUUCUAUUAAAGAUGAAGAUGAACAUCUGGAACACUGUCCCAAAAAACCAAUAGUGUGUCUAUACUGUAAUGAACAAAUUCUUUACAAUCAAGUUAAUCAACACGAACUACAAUGCCUAAUGAAACCCAGAAUCUGUAGUUUAGCUACUUCGAUUGGAUGUACCUUUCAAGGAACCAUUAAAGAACUAGAAAGUCAUCAAAGAGAUGUGCAAACACAUCUGGAACUUGCAAUAAAGAGUAUUAUGAAUGGGAGAGAAAUGAUAAACAAUAUCGCCGCAGAAAUGAAAUCCGUGAUGGAAAAAUUGGAUCAGUUUAAAAUUAAAGCUCAGGAAUUAUCAGCAUUAGAAGUAAAAGUUACGUCAAUGAAGACAGAAAUCGAUUCCGUACUAUUAAAUAAGGAUGAGGAGAUAAAAAAGUUGAACGAAAACAUUACGGAAAUGAAAAAAGAGAUCAAUUCAUUAAAAGAAGAGUUGAGGAGGGAAAAGCAGAAAAUUUUGGUAUCAAAUAAUUCCAUUGAAAAACGCAACAAUUCCAACUCUCAUAUUCCUAGACAGAAAAUAUCUUCUCCUCCCACAAGUUUAUGAAUAGCAAUUACGGAAAAGUGGAUUCGUACUGUUUUAUAAAUGGAUUUACAUUUUUAUAAUAAAGAUUUUUCCAUAUAAUUGUAUUCGAUUUUUUUAUGAUUAAAAAUUUUCAGUUUGAAA